AGUGAAGGCACUGGAUCAGGAUCAGAUAUUAUCCUGCCUACAAGCAAACAAAUUUCUCUGAAAAUCGGUAUGCCUUCCAUUAAGGGUAUCAUGUUCAAAGAGCAGUUGACUCCUGAGGAUGACUUUGCUUCAAAGGUCAGGAAACCAUACACAAUCACUAAACAAAGAGAAAGAUGGACCGAAGAAGAGCAUAAAAAGUUUCUCGAGGCAUUAAAACUUUACGGUCGAGCAUGGAGAAAAAUAGAAGAGCAUGUGGGCACAAAAACUGCAGUGCAAAUUCGAAGCCACGCGCAAAAGUUUUUCUCCAAGGUUGUUCGCGAGUCUAAUAGUGGUGAUGCCUGCUCUGUGAAACCAAUUGAUAUUCCUCCUCCUAGGCCCAAAAGGAAGCCAAUGCACCCAUAUCCUCGUAAGCAGGUUUCUCCCAUCAAAAAUGUAAUCUCAGCGCUCGAGAAACCGUCAAGUUCUGCAUCCCCCAAUCUCUCUUCCUCAGAGCAGGAAAACCAAUCUCCGACAUCGGUAUUGUCUGCAACUGGUUUGGAUGCUACUAUGGAUUCUGAUAUGUCUAACGAAAGCCCCUCACCAAUUUCAUCUGCUGCUGUCAAUGGUGGUGCCUUUUUUAGUUCCGAAGCAGCUAACUUUUUGCCAGCCGAAUCCAAAUCUUCUCCUAGCCAAGAAUAUGUUCAUUCAAGUACAGAGGAACAAACUCCUUCGAAAUUGGAGCUGCCAUACGAAGAUAAUGCUUUGGUUAAGGAAGAAUCAACUGGAUCAGCCACGCAGUGUUUGAAGCUGUUUGGCAAGACAUUUCUAGUUACUGAUCCUCAGGGACCAUCUUAUCCAACUGAGACUUGCAAAAUGCAGGAACUAGACAGAAAUGAUGGUGCAUGUUACCAGGCACUGCCAUGGAAUGUUGUGCUUCUGAGUUCUUCGUCGAGUCAUUCUGAAUGGACAUCAAGUGGCACAUCUCACAGAUUACCCGAGCCAUUCCAUUACAUUGAGUCAAUGGACAAUGAAUCGAACCAUGCAGAGGCUUCCCUUUGUGGCUAUGCAGCACACGCACCUUCACAGAUUCUUAAUCCAAUCCCAAUCAAGGUUCGUCAAUCAUUUGAUAGAAGGGAAGAGGAGAAAUAUGGUGGGAAGGAUGGAUUUUUAUUAGGUUUAAACACGGAUAUAGGUAGUGCAUCUCUUGUUGGAGAUAAGAAUGGGGAAGUAGAGUCUCAGAGUAGCAAUCUUUCCAUCGAAAGGGAAGGAAAGGAAUCAAGGGAAGCGGGCUCACUUUACUCCAGAAUUAGUACGAAAGCUAGAACAAACACAAUGGGAUGCAAGAAGGGCUUUAUGCCGUAUAAAAGAUGUUUAGCUGAGAGGGAUCUUACCUUGUCAGCAAUGAUAGCUGGGGAGGAGAGGGAGGAGCAGAGGAUCAGCCUUUGCUUGUAGCUGAUAGAGUUUUCUUUGCGACAGGCCAGGUAACAAGCUGGGAGGCCAAGGCAAAGCCUGUCCUGAAAAUUGAAGAAUUUUUGUCCAUCGUUUUGUUCUUUCGUCCACAUAAGUUUAAAUAUAUCUUGGGUAUAUUAUUGUAGUAUUUGUAUGUUAUUGUUGUGUUCGCUUCGCGUCUGUAAUUUCCCCUUACAUAACUGCCAAGCAUAUAACCUAACGUUCCGUAGUUUUUU